AUGCCUCGCUCGGACUGCUGGACCGACGAGGAAAUUGCCAGAGUGAGAAGGCUUCGUGCUGAGAACCCGCGUAUGACCUGGAAUAAUAUUCAGCAGGCCUUUUUCCAUCGUCGCACCCACCAUGCACUAGCAAGGAUCUAUUCGGACUCGAAUCGGGGUCUUCGAGGCUCCCUUGCGGCUGAGAGUGGUAUUGUUGCUGAUCAGACAGCGGCAGAGGGCUCUUCUUCUGCUGUUCCCCCUGCUGUUACUACUGCAGCUACUGCUGGAGCCAGAGACGCCGGUGCUGGUGCGGCUACUGCUGGCGCUGAUGAUGCCACCGUUGGUGCUACUGAGCCAGAAGCUGACUCUCAUAAUGGCCUUGCUAAUGAGGAAAAAGAACCCGGCUCUUCUCGCCAGGACGUCACUGACGCCGAAUCUACCCCUGGUCAGGAAGGCAAGAGACGUGCUUCUUCCUCCCCUGAUGGCCACACUGGCAAGAGGGUCAAGUCUGCCGCGAAUGAUAGCCUUGAACGUGCUGCCACUGCUGAAUCUGGGGAAGGUCAUGGACCUGCGGGUAGUCCUGACACUGAGACUCAGGAGCCUGCUUCUCCAGUUGAGCAGGGUUUUAGAUCUAGGGGUACCUCAGAGCCGAUCCCGUCCGUUGAGGAUGACCUCGCCACCCAGUCUGCACGUGUCGCUGAGGAUGUUUCUUCCGUUGAAGUGAUUGACUUGGUCGAGUCCGAUGUCGACAUGGACACUGCCUCUGAAUCCAGUGACUCGAGUGUUUGGUGGGGCCAGUCUGAUGACGAAUCCUGGCGUGGUGACAGCGAGUUUUCCCCUCCUCCCUCCACUUCCUCCACUUCCACCACUCCCAUCAUCCCCGCAAUGCACAACAGCCACACCUUCUCCUUUGAAGCCGCGACCAUCAGCUUCGCCAUCGGAGGAAGCAUAAUCAACACCCAAGCCAUGACCAACACCAUGCCCAAGCCCGACAUGAGGCGCAAGAUCAUGAGGGAGUUGGCUGCUUACCCCCGGACCGAUGUCACCAAUGGCGGCAGCCAGGCCACCCAGGCCCCUUCUUCGUCCCAGGCCCAGAAGCCAAAGAAUAAGAAGAAGAAGACAUCUCACUCGCAGACCGCUGCUAAUCCCGAGAUCGCGCUCCCCGCCAUGUGGGCCAUGAUUGACGCGCAGAUCGAACAGUCGAGGAUGCUCGCUGCGGAAAUCAGAAAGAUGCGCAAGCUUACUACCGCCAUCUUGGACCAGGCCUCACAGGAGACCCAGGUGAAAAGGGAGCAUUGA